GAUAGUUUGUGUUUCACGCAAUAACAAUUAGAAGGGGGAGAUUGUACACACACCUGAGGGAGAAAUUGAAGACCUACAUUCCAGUGUGUGCUGAGGACUAUAGAUUCCUGAGAGAAAAAGACCGGUUCAUCAAAAUAUCUGACCUUCGCAUCCGUCGCUAGAAAAAUCAAUUUUUGUUCACAAACCAAGAGAGUUAAAGCUAGUAGUGGUCUUGACAAGUUUCAUUGAGGAAUUUACAAUUAUAAGCAUUGCUUGUUUCCAUGACAAUCUGUUUCCCUGCCUCCUUGUGGGGAGUUGAUGAAUGCCUGCUAUAGGACUGUGCUGAUGACAAGUAAUAAAUUUGGCUUCCAUCAAAACAGGGGAAAGGAUGAUACAGGAAUGGAAAAGGAGGUCCAUCAUUAAUCAGGAAAAAAAAUUACGAAAGGCUUUAACACAGUGAUGUAGCCUCAGGAUCUGUAACAUGUUAAAUUCUUUGAGGCCACGGAAUCGCGGGAGAAGGAAUUAGGCAACUGAUGAGGAAUUUCUCUCGUUAGUCGAUAUUGUGACAGGGACUAAAGCGUUGAUGAAUUUAGAAGGAUUUUGACGGUAAUGGAAUGCCAUGUCGUCGAGUUUUUGGUGCUUGCAUGUGCAAAUUGUGAACUGUUUUUUGUCAUGAUAGUUUCUAUUACUGGUUGAGGGAUGAUAUAAAUGACAUUAAUCAAUGAAGGAUUUCCAUUUUGAGCUGUUUCUAUUACAUGGCCGAUGUUUAAGACUAUGAAGGAUUCCGUUCUGAGCUGCCUGUUUGGGGGAUUCUCGGGUCAUUCUCAAUGUGGACAGGAAGCCACUGUCCCUCGGGAUCGCAGCCCUCACCAACGGCAACCCACAGCAGCCACGGACUGGAAUGUAGGUCAGGGGAACACCAGGAAGGGGCCAACGAAAAAACCAAGCAGGGGGUCAAGUCCUAGGCAGCCAGACACUAUACCACUGAUGGUCUCAACCAGUCAACCUCAAAAACAGAGACCGCAGUACUUACUGGACCUUAAGAGUGACACUCCUUAUUUAGAAUCCGACCUUGUGAUAUCUAGGUCAAGGACACCUGCCUCAGAGAUUAGCCAUCAACUUCAGCCUCAGGUGCUGAGAGCAGAAGCAGAUGUCCAUCAAAGUUACCAUGACAACCAUCACUAUGACGACCUCCCUGUCAGGGGAAUUCUGAAGAAGAAGAACCACUCUUACAUGAUUUCACCAAGUUCUGUGUCCAGGACCACUUAUGAAAAUGCUAGAUCCCCAGAGAGUCCUGUGUACUUGUCCCUUCAAUCAAGGUCAGGGGUCACAGGUCAUGACCUCCCGGCAGCAGACAGGUCCAGUAGACCUGGGGAGUUGUCUCAAGAGUCGAUUGACUUCUGGAACUUCCUGUUGAGGGAAUUCAGGAAGGAGGAAAGUGCUAAGAAGAGGGAAGCCUUUCUGACCAUGCUGUCCAAGCGAUACCCCCAGUAUGCUGAGAGGAUCCACCGCCCCUCUAGUGAAAGUGGCUACCCCGUCCAGAAUCGCCGCCCCAGAGACCAACAUCGGCGAGCGACCACGGUGGUGACCUAUAACCCCGGUUGUGAGCAGGACUAUGACAAUCGGUCUGACACGAUGUCCAGCUCUGAGGGACCCACACUGAGGAGAGGGGGGUGGAUGAGGAACAGCAUGCCAGUGAUGAAGUCCCCACCUAAUAUGUACGACAAAAUGACAGGUGUCGUAUUUUUGGUGGUUGGGGACCAGACAAAGAAGGCGGAGCUUCCCAAUGAGAUCACACACCUGGACACCGUGAGGGCGCUGUUUGUCCGAUCCUUCCCUAAAAAACUGACCAUGGAGUUCCUGGCCUCCCCCAAACAGAAGAUCUACAUCCUGGACACAAUGACAAAUAUAUACUACCAACUGGAGGAUCUACAGGACAUCAAGAAUCGUACUGUGUUACGACUGUACAGCUCUGACAGUGAGGACCCCCAGAAAGUCCGAGAACCACCCCCAGAGGUACGGGGAAAACAAAUGCAGGUCUCCAGGGAACCCACACCUCCCAGAAUUCCAGAACAAGGUAGAAGAUCACAGACUCUCCCUACAGGAAUGACCCACUCCUACCCCCCUUAUACAGAAAACCAAGUGCCACAUGGGACAAAGUCAACAGACAGGUCAAGGUCACUGCCUAGAGGUCAAGGGCCGGACUAUGGAUACAUUACAUAUCAUUCCACAGACAGAAUGCAGAAUUCAGUUGACAGUCAUCAUUACCCCUCCACAUCUCCCGAUCGUCCAAAUCUUCGCCCCAUUCCAGAACAUCGUCACUACCUGAACGGACAUUCCCAGGGUCACGAGGUCAGGAGGUCCCCACCCACGAACAGGAGCCGGUCAGCUGAUCCUUACUACAGGGACCUGUCCCCCCCAGCUCAUGCUAUCACUGCCCCCGGGGCACCCCCACAGACGUACAUAGCUACAGGAGUCAGGGCUAACACCAUGGUUUCCCCCCUCAGAGCGACGGGCCCCUCUGGUCAGGAUUCAAGAAACAUGAAUCGUCACACUUUGGCUUUCACACCAAUGGGAGAGCCCACGAAUGGAACCAUGAGAUCUCAGAGUUAUCGCGUACCCUCAGAAUCCAGCCAGCAUAUCCCCCCGCGGCCAAGGAGUGUCACCCCACAACCCUACCCCCCGGAGGAGGCCACACAAUUUCGUAUGGACAAGAUGGAGGAACAGAUAGCUAGCCUGGCAGCCUGGGUUCAGACCGCUGUGUCCAGUACAAGUCGUACGACCAGUGUCCAUAGCAGUAAUACCACCACUCCAUCAGAACCACCUAGCUCAGCUACUAGUAUUGAGGAAGCCAAUGUUUUACCAGCCAGUAGAGGCCUUUCUGAUAUUUCGGGAGUCACUCAGAAGGCGAUGACAAAGAACCUUAAGGAUGGGAUUCUGACGAUAAAGAAACAGGCGUCGCAUCUUAAGGGGGAUCUACGACAGAUCAGGCGCCUUCAUCAGCUCAACAAAGAGAGCCUGCAGGAGUCCAUACAUGAUACCAUGAAAAAAAUAGCAACAGCCUUGCGGAGCGUACCUGGUGCAGAACAUCAGUUGCUACGACAACACCGAGUGGAAGCAGACACGGCAACUCAGAAAUACCUGGAGAAGAAAUGUCAGGCCAGUAAAGAACUCAGUGAUCUGGAGGGAGCUGUAGAGGAGCUGAGAGAGGAUGUGAUUUCACGUCAAUGUCACGUCAACAUGUCUGACGUAGAGGGAAUGGCCCUAAUGCUGAGUACAGUCACCAAGACAUUCGGGGAACUCAAAGCUUCUUUCCCAGAAAUGCAGAAGGAUCUGAAGAGAGUGAUGGCCGGAGAAAUGGAGAUUGUUGUCACUGAAGAAAAAUUUUUGAAGGAGGAGCCUGAAACGAUAGAAGAAGCGUUAAAGCGAUGUAAACGUUUGACUGGUACCCUGUUUACUCUCAAAAGGUUAGCAUCUGUUCAGGAACACAGAGCCCCCCAGGUUCCCACGAAGCGUGUCGGAGGGAAGAUUCCUUCAGAAGAGGACAAGAAAGCUCUGUUGGAGAACAUCAGGGCCAUGGUCCCAGACCAUCAAACCAGGCUCUUAAAACUAAAAGCAGCUGAUGCAUCCAGGCAACGAAAGAAAAACAUCAUCACACAACAAGAGGCCCUCAAAUUUGGAAAGUCUUUAGAAAUAGCCACACGUCUACUUCGACCCAGCACUAAGGAGUCGGUGUCGUCUGCUGAAGAUGGAGGCACCAAGUCGUCUGUUUCUGUUCCUGUCAGUCAGUCUUCCUCCACAGCUACCUCAGUCAGUGUCAAACCUCUCACAGUGUCGUCAUCAAUUCCUUCCUCGACCGCAACCGGUAAAUCCAACUCCCCAUCAGAACCAACUGCUGUCACUUCAGGUAGGGCGCCAUCUUCUCGAGAAGUUUCGGAAAAACACAGAGAGGAGAUUGUAAAUCAAGAAGAUGACCCCUGCCUACAAGCAGCACUUCUGGCUAAGAAAAAUGACAUUGCUAGGGCAGCAUUUUUCAGUUCAAUGACUACUCCCCCUACCUCGCCUUCGCCAUCAGACGAAUUGGGAUCUUUCUCACCCCCUAGACCAUUAAUGGAUUACACAGUUCAUAUAUCACAAGUGAAAGAUUCUAGUACGGGUGAGACUCAGUACACAGUUACAGAUGGACGAUUUUCACAGGCUUCUCAUUCAACCGCGACCGCUCAACUGGUGACGUCCACUACUACUGCCACAAACACAGGAAGUAACGCCAUUUCACUGGCAACCCGACUAAGUCCAACAAACAUUCCAAGAAUCUCUUCAGUAGUAAAGUCAACAGAGACAGUAGAAUCAUCCAAAAUCACUAGAAAAAUAAGGACCUCUACACCUAUCGCUAGUAAAGAUAGUGAAAAAACAGUUUCGAAAAUUCCAAGCCUUAGGAAGGAUGGACAGAGUGAGAGUAGUAGCGGACCAGAUGUACGGCCUAAAAAAAUACCUCCUCCUCCACCCCCCAGGAAAAGUAGUCGUUUACCAAGUCCUGGGAUCAAAAUGGACACUGAAGUUUCUCAAAAUGGAAGUGUGUCUAUAGUUUCCUCCAAGCCAAAAAUUCCCCCAAAAGACAUAACAAUUCUGGGAGGGCACCAAAUGCAGGUGAAAGAUUCCGGAAUAGGUACCUCCACUCCAAAGUCUAGCGUUCUCCCAAAACCUUCAAGUAAAUUUGAGAAAGGGAUUAUUGAAGCUAUAGCUGUCCAGAAUAAAGAAAAUUUUAAGGACAGUGGAACAAAAAUGGAGUCGCAUGAACAAACAUUGUCAGAACAAGAAGCACAAGGGGCCAGGGCUAAAAUGCCCCCUCCUGGCAAAAAACCCAAACCUCCCCCUCCCCAGAGGAAAUCUAGUCUCUCCCAUCCCGAAGAAAAGUCACAGAAAACAAAAGAGGAUUCAUAGAAAUAGUAAACAGAAGAAAUAUAGUCUCUCCCAUCCCAAAGGAAAGUCACAGACUCAAAAACUAAAGAGGAUUCACAGAAAAAACAGAAAAUUCAAACGUAACUCAUGGUGCUGAAAACAAUUAACCUCAUUCUACAAAACUAGGUCUCUAUGAUCUACGACAAUGUUUGACGUAGUCAAAAUAACAUGUUUAUACAAAUUUGUUAAUUGAUAGCUUUAUUCUAAGACUGAAUGUUGUUCACAUGGACUCUUAUUAUGUGUUUAUACAUGUUUACAUCGACAUAAUUUUUUCCCACAUCUACCUCUGAACAGACAAUUGACCAUUUCUAGUCAGUUUCAUGCAAAAUGGAUAAAAUGGUGUCCAAACUUAAAAUGGUUGUGUUUUUUGCAUGCUUACUAAUGAAUUAAUGAUGUCAUGAGACAUUGAAACUUAGAUGAGCUUGAACUUUUUUUUUCAUACAAUGAAAAAAUAAAAGAAAUUGAAAUUUUC